CGCGAACUCGGGACGCCACAAUUAAAUACGCUUAACAAACAAUAUACGCCACACUUAGAUUUUCACCUUAACACAAGUUCCUACUAACUUGUUUUAAGACAAAAACUAACAAAUUGGCUGUUUAUAGGUUAACUGUCAUGGCGGUGGAUCGACAGCAAUUCGAGAAUUCAGUACGUUAAGUCGAUAUAUCGUAUGUAUCGAAUAUAUCGAAACUGGCUAUCGAUGCGACCCAUGCAACGCUGUUCGCUCGUACUUCGUACUGCUUGUAACUCUCGUAGGUAUUACAGAGUGCAGAUUUUGUCCUUAAAUAUCAGCAAGUGGACGAACAAUGUCGGAACACGAUGAUACUUUAUUGGAUGAAGAUCUUGGAGAUGAAGAGUAUGAUCUGGGCAAUGACGAGGAAGAAGCUCUUUUAGCAGAUGAUUAUGAACUAGAGAGGCAGAAUAGCUAUAAGGGAGAAGAGGAAACAGAUGAUGUACUGGACUUAGGAGUAACCGACGCACUCGACGACUUAGAUGGUGAAGAUGAAAAUAUAGAAUUUAAUAGGAGCAAGACCAAUAGAAGUAAUGACAAUGAUUUUUAUGAAGAUGGAGAUCAGAUAGAAGCUCAGACAAAAUAUUACGAGCAAGAUGAUAUUAACGAAUACAAAGGCGAACAAGCGUGUCAGCAUGAUGAACGUUCUGCAGGCGAUAAUAUUAGUACAUCUAGUAAUAUUGGCAAAGGAGAUUUGCGAGAAAAGUUGCAGAAAAAUGCAAAAAUCUACACUGUGACUGGACAGGGAUUGGAAGAUGAUGAAUGCGAAGAGGCGAAGGAAAGGAGGAACAGAUUUCAAAACGAGAGAACCAUAGUUUCUCCAAAAAUGAAUAACAAUAUACCAGAUACUUUGGAAAAUGUUGUAACACCUGAACCGUCAAAAUUGGCAUCCAGAGGCCGAGGAAGAGGUCGAAGCUCAAGAGGAAGUCGUGGAGGAAGAUUUAAUACACAGAAUUCCGGAAAUUUUAAUCCAAGGUUCAGUAAUGCACGCAACUUGAACUUCGAUAAUCAACCACCGGCAUGCAGGCCACCGCUGCUCGAAGCCAGGCCACCGUUUCUUCUUGGAGUACCAAACAAUGUACAAAAUCAACAGAUUAUUUAUCAACAACCAAAUUCUCAAGUACAACCUUAUCAGCAUUAUUCUCCGAAUGGUUCACUCCAAGGUCCUACACACUUUAUAGAUAAUAGACCACAAUUCAAUCCUAAUCAAUUUCAAGGUCAAGUGGGCCCUCGUGUAAUUGGACCGAGGUUAGAUUAUGGACCUCGAGGGGGUUUGUCAGGAUCAUUACAAGGGCCGCCUUACAAUCAUCCGUCGAAUCAGCCUCCAUACGUACAAAUGCAACCAGGUCCUUUUCAAAAUUCAAGCGUGCUCAUACAAGAUAAUCAAACACGUCUAAUGCAGAGUAAUCAAGGCCCCUUGUUGCAAGGCAAUCUUGGAGGAUCGCUGCUUGGAAAUCUGAAUCCAUUGGUAUCUGGAUCAUCGACGCCGUUGUUACAGGGAAAUCAAUCGUUGCCGUUGCAAGGAUUUCCGCGACAACCUUCUUCCCAAGGGCCGUCCAUUAAUCAUCCUAAUGUACAAAUACCGAAUCAGUCGCUUUUUGAGAAUAGACCAUCUUUCCAAGAAACACAGUUCGAAAACCGACCCGUUUACGAUUCGAGGUCUGGCUAUUCCGAUCAAGUACCUAACAGCCAAUUUAAUACUAAUACGUUACCGGUACCGCAACAAUCCACUUCAAAUGUACCCAAUGUACCUUUACCUCCAGGGCACAAGAUUUUAAUCAAUCCUCAUUUUCGAGGCGCUGUUCAAUCCACGAACGAUGCAGCAAGACUUGUAUGGGAUUCUGCACAACAGACACCUUUGUCGUCUCAAAUUUCUACUAGUCAGUUUUCGCAACAAGUAACUUCCUAUCAGAACCAAAGUUCAUACAACCAAACCCAGCAAGGCUCAUCGCAUUACCCACAGAAUUAUCAACAAACCAAGAGCGAUGACCCUUACGCGUAUUUUUCUGACGUCUGGCAAGAAAAUAAGUCGCAAAAAAGUCAGAGUGGAACUCCGAGCAAGCACUAUCCUACGGAAAGUAAUUACUCGCGGGAGAGUACUUACGAAUGUGGUUCUAAGUAUAAGUCGGAUCAAUGGGAUCAAAAAGACAGUUAUCAAGAGGUGAAUAAAGAUCACAGAGGAGUUCAUCAGACUUAUCGCGAUAGAGAUUUGCUUUCCAAAGCCAGAAGCGAUCAUCUUCCGAAAAGUAGGCCACUCUCCACAAAUGCAUACCGUGAGAGUUACGAUCAAAAUCAUGCACAGAAAUCUCCUAAUAACAGACCUGUCAAUACUUCGAUAAGAGCUAGGUUACCACAAAAACGAGUCUCUGAUCCAAUAGAUAGACCUCUGCGCGACCUGAGUCCAAAGCGAAUGAAACCUAGCAAUAGAAAUCUUCAAGAAGUACGAACAGUAGACAUAUUAAACAGUGCGAACAGUGAAAAGAAGGACGAAGAGAAUGAUCCGGAAAUGCAAGAGUACAGGAAAAAGAUGGAGGAACAGAAACGGCUUAGGGAAAAAAUUUUGCGCGAAAAGGAGAAUAGGCGAAAAAUGGCUGCGAUGGAGAAGCAGAAUGAAGAAGCUAAAAACGAUAAUAAUUUACCCAGCGAAAGUACACAUGAUACAAAACCUGUGUCAGUAUUGAUGGGAGUUGUGAAGGAUGUUGCCACGAACAAAAGUCAUAUCGGUAUUGGCAGAGGACGUGGCCGCCCUAUUAAUACACAACCUACAGAGGCUGCAGACAAACCGUCAUGUGUGCGUAUUGUUAGAACAAUACAAACUGUACAGUCCAACGACUCUGUAGAUUCGACGAAAGAAAGUAACUCUGGACGUAUAAUUGGCCAAGCCAGUGAUAAUGCAAAGAUUUUAAACGUUCAGUCUGGCACACGAAGAAUCGUCAUUCAUAAAUCGUUGUCAAAUACACAGAAGAUUGCUACCAGUAUACAGAAAACGGUAUCGAACCUGCAAAAAGGGCAACUAGCGGCACAACAUUUGACGCAAAGCGCAGCUCAGGCAACCGAACAGAGUCAAUCAGACGCACUGAAAAAGUUAACUGUCAUUGGACAGAAGUUUGGUGGUAAUCCGCAAAGAAUUGUUAAACAGAAGAUGAUAGGAAAUCUGCAAAAGACUGUGAUCAAUGUACAAGAGGCAGUAAAUGCUAAUGCACAGAAGGUUAUUGUCAAUACGCAGAGUAACCAGAGAGUUGUACUCCAAAAAGCACCGACUCAGCAAAGAAAACUACCGGAAAUUAAGACGAAUACCGUGAAAGUGGAAAAUUUAGCGGCAAGUACAUCGGAGGCACAAAUUAGACGUAUGUGCCAAGGUAUUGGAACAAUCGAGAGCAUACAAAUGGGCGAGCGUAGCGCAACGAUUGUGUUUAAGACGCAGUCCGCUGCCAUGGUGUUUCACAAGAAAUACCAGCGUAAAAUGCUAGACCUUUCACUAAUAACUGUUCGCCUUGUACCGCAGUCAAGUGGGACUAAGACGACGGCUACAGUUGUGAAAGUUUCUAAGGAAAAUGCUAAGAGUAUCUAAUCUAGUAUAUUUCAACCAAAAAACAAUACAUAGUAUAUUCAAAUUUGUGUUUAAAAAUAACAUAUACUUGAUUUAAUUGAAGCAGCCUGCUUAUAUUUGAACGUGCAUUUCAUAUUUUACAUACUCCUCAUUUAGAAUAUAUAAUAAUGCGAAAAUUAGAAGAAAAAAAAACACACACAUAUUUUUGGCUGCAAAUGAAUUGUAUAAUAUACCUUUAUAAACAAAGGUAAAAUAUCUCAACAAUUUAAUUUGUACAUAUGUCAAAUGUAAUGUAUAUUUCAUAUAGAAAUAUACCAUAGUAGAUCUAAUAACAUGCUGUGCAUUUAAGAACUACAUAUUACUAUGUAGAGCAUAUAUAUUAAG